GACAGCUGUCAGUUGCACGUGUAGUUUGAUUUGUUGUUUUUUUGAAGGCUUCUAAUAUUAAUAAAUAAUAAUAAAAUGGGUAAACAGAAGAAAACGAGGAAAAUACAAAAGCAAAAAAAUGCACAACUCAAACGUAUGCUCAAGCCUACAGAUUCGCGCAUUAAAGAGGAGAAACGACAUAAGCGUAAAAAACCAGAAAAUCCACAUGAACUAAAAGUGCAUACUGCGACGCAACAAAGUUCUGCUUUAUUCUUCCAGUAUAACACACAAUUGGGCCCACCAUAUCAUAUUGUGCUCGACACAAAUUUCAUUAAUUUUAGUAUUAAGAAUAAAUUAGAUAUAAUACAAGGCAUGAUGGAUUGUUUGUAUGCUAAGUGUAUACCGUAUAUCUCAGACUGUGUACGUGCGGAGCUGGAGAAACUUGGCAAUAAAUAUAAACUUGCUUUACGUAUUAUAUCGGAUCCACGUUUCGAACGUCUACCGUGUCUACAUAAAGGUACAUAUGCUGACGAUUGUCUUGUUGAUCGUGUGCGGCAACAUAAAUGUUAUAUUGUAGCAACUAACGAUAAGGAUCUUAAAAACCGUAUACGCAAAAUUCCAGGUGUGCCUAUUAUGUAUGUGGCGUCGCAUAAAUACGCUAUUGAACGUAUGCCGGAAGCUUACGGUGUUAAGGCGUAAAGUAAAUUUUUUUUAAAUUUUAAGACGUAUAAUAACUGUAUCAUGAUAAGAUAUUUACUAAUGUAAAUAUAUUUUUAAAAAUAUGA